AUGCUUAGAAAUAUUGGUGUUACGAGAUUUACCAAUGUUUUGUUUUCUUCCUGUAGCACAACAACCAAACGUUGUAUAUCUAUAUUAUCAGAUUUAAAACCUGCAGAAGGGUCUACUAAGUUUUCACCAAAGAGAGUAGGUAGAGGUCCAUCGUCAGGCUACGGUAAGACAAGUGGUAAAGGUCAAAAGGGUCAAAAGGCAAGAGGCAAAGUUAAAAGUUGGUUUGAAGGUGGUCAAACUCCGAUUUAUAAGUUAUUUCCAAAGAUUGGGUUCAAGCACACAAAUGCUUUGAAGUUAAGCGAAUUGAAUUUAGAUAGAUUAGCUUUUUUCUAUCGUACUGGCAGAUUAGACCAGUUUUUGGCGGUGUCCCAAGGACAGCAGUCAGGCACUUUAAAUUUGGAUAUGAAAGCUAUGCAAGAUUUAGGAUUGGUAACUGGCCGCAUUGUAGAUGGCGUCAAAAUUAUUAGUGGGAAAUCAACUAGGUAUACUUUACCACCUCUAAAAAUAGAAGCAACUAAAGCUAGUGCAAGUGCUAUUAGGACAAUCGAAGAAAAUGGUGGUGAAUUUGUUGCAAAGUAUUAUUCUAAAUUGAGUUUGCGUGCUUUAUUGAACCCUGAAUGGUUUUUGGAAAAAUAUGGAAGAUUGCCCUUGCCUGCUCGUCCAACAAGAAGGAAAGAUAUUGAGUAUUAUUUGGAUAAAAGUAAAAGGGGAUAUUUGGCUGUUGAAAAAGAUAAUGAAUUUGCUCUGAUGAUUAAGAAAGCUAGAGAAGAGAUGGCAAGUGGUAAAUCAAUGGCCAGAUCCACUAUUAAAAAAACUGGUAAGAAGUCCUUAUUAGAAGUUCAAAUUGAAAAAAUAAAGGAAGAGCAGCAGCAGCAGCAAACAACAGGUAAUCUUGUUAAAAAUAGGAUCCUGAGUUUGAACAGUUUUGAAAAAGUCACCCACAAGCUGUAG